AUGGUCAGAAAAUCCAUUGAAGAGCAAAGUUACAUUUACUCACUUUCUGGAGCUCAGGAGACAGACUCAGCAGUCAUGGCCGGCACUCUGACACACCAAGGCUCCCCGAACCCCGGCUACAGCUCCAACAACGCGGUCCCGGUCCCGGUGCCGGCCAUUACACAGACGAACUCCAGGGACAAAUGGAGCAAAAAAAUGGAUUUUCUCUUGUCUGUCAUUGGUUUUGCGGUAGACCUGGGAAAUGUUUGGAGAUUUCCGUACGUAUGUUAUCAAAACGGUGGCGGCGCUUUCCUUAUUCCAUACGUUUUGAUGGCCAUCUUUGGUGGUGUGCCGCUCUUUUACAUGGAGCUGGCACUGGGACAGUUCCACAGAACCGGAGCCAUAUCCAUAUGGAAACACAUCUGUCCCAUUUUCAAAGGUAUAGGAUAUGCCAUUUGUGUCAUCGCCCUGUAUGUGUCCUUCUACUACAACACCAUCAUCGCCUGGGCCCUCUUCUACUUUUACCACUCCUUCUCCACCAUCUUGCCUUGGACACACUGCGACAAUGUGUGGAACACCCCUGACUGCACCAACUAUUUUGGCACUGAUAACGUCACCUGGACAAAUUCCUCCAGGUCUCCGGCAGAGGAAUUUUACACGAGGAAUGUUCUUGAGAUCCACAAGUCAUCAGGGCUGAGAAACGUUGGGGGUGUUCGCUGGCAGUUGAUGCUCUGCCUUUUCCUCAUUUUCACCAUCGUAUACUUCAGCCUCUGGAAGGGCGUGAAGACUUCAGGGAAGGUUGUGUGGGUAACCGCCACCUUGCCCUACAUUGUGCUUUUCAUCCUGCUAAUUCGAGGCGCCACUCUGCCAGGAGCCUGGAGAGGUGUGGUGUUUUACCUGAAACCCCAGUGGGGGAAGCUGCUGGAGACCAGUGUGUGGGUGGAUGCUGCUGCUCAGAUAUUCUUCUCUCUGGGACCCGGGUUCGGGGUGCUCCUGGCUCUCUCCAGCUACAACCCUUUCACAAAUAACUGCUAUCGUGACGCCAUUGUGACCAGUUUGGUAAACUGUUUGACCAGCUUCGUGUCAGGGUUUGUGAUCUUCACGGUGCUGGGCUACAUGGCAGAGAUGAGGAAGGUUGAGGUGGAGGAUGUAGCCAGGGAUAAAGGACCAAGUUUACUCUUCAUCACAUACCCAGAAGCCAUUGCAAACAUGAUGGGCUCAACCUUUUUUGCAAUCAUCUUUUUUGUGAUGAUGAUCACGUUGGGACUGGACAGCACGUUUGGUGGGUUGGAGGCGAUAAUCACUGCCGUGUUGGAUGAAUACCCAGAUCAUUUCUCUCACAGACGUGAACUUUUUGUUCUGGGCUUGGUAGUUGUCUGCUUUAUGGGCUCUCUAAGCACCCUUACGAAUGGUGGUGCCUAUGUGGUGAAGCUGCUGGAGGAAUUCGGAGUCGGCUGCUCCAUUAUAGCUGUGGGUUUCCUUGAGGCCAUUGCGGUUUCCUGGUUCUACGGUAUCAAACGAUUUAGCAGCGAUGUUGAGGCCAUGCUGGGAAAAUCUCCAGGAUUAUUCUGGAAGGUGUGCUGGGUUGCCAUCAGUCCAGCAUUUCUCGCGUAUAUUAUAGUGAGCGCCAUUCUGAAAGUGCCGCAUCUUACGCUGUUCGACUACACAUACCCAGACUGGAGCAUCACAGUGGGAUACUUCAUGGGCUUCUCCUCCUUCAUGUGGAUCCCCAUCUACAUGGUCUACAAGCUGGUGUGGACCCCCGGAUCUCUCAAACAGAGGUUGGCGGUGUGUCUCAGACCAGAGAGGACCCUACCAGACAUCCACGCCGACAGCCUCAACAUGGUCACUGUGCCGUAGAAAGAAAAGCACAUUGAAACAUACACCUUGCUUGUAGUUUCUAUUCAAAAACCACAGUUUUAAGUUAUUAUUUGUGAACGAACCUGAACAUUAUCUGACAUUGUGACUGUUACCUGCUGAUGAUGUCCAACAUGUCAACUUUCACUGCACAUGUGCACUCUGUAGAAUGGUUAAUGCUGCUACAUGUGUAAUUCCAGGAGGAACUGAGAUAGCAAUACUCAUACCUUAAAGUAUGGUCUGUGUGUACUCAGAUCUUUAGUUUGUAGCUUCACAUGGUGCCAUUUUCAAAUGUUGCAUCUGUGAAGAUGUAGGAGUCAGUAGUGAUUAACUAAAUGUAAUGGUCUGCUUUUCCCUUCAGAUGUCUUUAUCUCACAAGAACAAUAUGCCAAGGAAAAUAAAAAACGUGUAUUUCUAUAACAUUCAGCAAAUCAUUUCUAUUGCAUGGGGUUUUCUCUUGUCACUUUUUAUAUUUUCUGUUUGUGAAAGUUAUAUGAAUCAAUGGAAACACCAGUGUUGCACUUGGAACAACAGUGAGGUUAACACAGAUUUGCUCCACUAGAAUAAUCAUGGCAGCAGAGUUUUGCUUGUAGUUUCAUAUAAGAAAUCUCUAUUUAGUGGGCUGUUUGUUGCUCAGUGGACAACAUACUCUUAAGUAUGUGAAAUAAUGUUUUUCACACCAAGUAUAACCAGCUCAGCUGUAUUUGUAUGUGGUUAUUUGAACAGAUAUUGUGUGGUUUGUGUUGGACUAAGUCUAAACAUUUUUUUUUUUUUUUGCUGGACAGACAGACAAGAGGGAUUAAAUGGGACCAAAACUAAAUCAGUUUGACAGUAAAUUACAGUCCAUCAUUUAUUUUUGCCAAUGCUGUAUCUCAUAUUUAUACAGUAGAGCUGUAAUACUGUGCUUGUAUAGGAUUUUUACACCAGCUGGAUAUAUUUGCUAAAAAAAAAAUCAGUUUUUCCCUACAAGGCAAGGUAAUGGAGAUACAUGAGGCACUCUAAAUCGUAGUAUUUAGUGUAUUGCUUUGGCAUUAUAGAAAGUAGAGCCUAUGUACUGCCUGGUACAGAUACAGUGCAUUAUGAUAAUAUACUAUGUCCAACUGUAAGUAUAUUAGUUCUUCCUAUUCAAAAUGAACUUUUCGAUCUCCAUCUGAUGCCUAAAUUUAACUCCAGAUAUCCUGUUUUGCCUUAAUCUGCCUAAAUAUUACACUGUAUGUACAAAAGUUGUAAAGGUUGUAUUGAUAUUGUGCCUCUCCGAUGUUUUCACUCUCUAUUUUAAGACUGUUCAAAUGUUUUUUUGCAGACAAACAGCAAAACAUCACUUGUGUCUUUUCCACGUGUUAAAAUGAUCUAAAAGUGCUUUAUACUUUAUUUAUAUUCAUAGCAUAAUGUGAUGAGCAAGGUGAUGAUUGUUGUGUGUCCUUUUCAACCUGGUUUAUGUACUAGUCAGAU